GGACAACGGUCUGAUUGACUGUGCUACACAAGCUAUGGCUGUAUCAAAUUAUAAACACCAGGGCUAUAGUCAAAAGGGCCCAAGACAGAGCACAGGCCUGCAUCUCACAGCCGGGCUUGGUUUGCUGUAUUUUUCACAGAUGCUAGUAUUACAACUAGCCGGAAAUGCUGCCAUUAUAAUCAAUGCAAAGGAUAGCUACGGCCAAACGCCAUUAUCAUGGGCUGCAAGGAACGGACACAGUGCCGUGGUGCAGCUACUGAUAGAAAGUGGCGCCGAUAUCGAGUCCAAGGAUGCAAGCGGGUGGACACCAUUAACGUUAGCUGUAAAGCACGGAUGCGAGGCAGUAGUGCAGCUACUGGUCCAGAGUGGCGCCGACAUCGAGUCCAAGGAUGUGCAUGGGAGGACGCCGCUAUCUUGGGCUGCAUGGGAUGGGCAUGUGUCGGUGGCACAGUUUCUGGCUGAGAAGGGCGCUGACCUUGAGUCUAAAGAUGACACCUACGAUCGGUCACCGCUAUCAUGGGGUGCGCUGAACGGUCAUUGGGCAGUAGUGUUGCUUUUAUUCAAAGAGGGCGCUGAUAUUGAGUCUAAGGAUUUCAAUGGUCAGACACCGCUAAUCCUAGCUGCAGCAAGUGGGAGAGUGAAGGUCGUGCAGUUGCUGGUUGAGGUCGGUGCUGAUAUAGAGUCUAAAGAUAUGAAUAUUCGGACGCCGUUAUCAUGGGCUGCAUGGUGUGGAUAUGAAGUGGUCCAAUUGCUACUUAGCAAAGGUGCAGACGUCAAGG